AUGCUACCCCCAGUCUACCCAGGACGGGCCCCGGUCUACAGUGCCAGACUGGGCCAACCCCAACGAAUCCGCCGGAGUGACAGCAGCGAGUCCAUCAGCACCGAGCUCUCGCUGUUCAGCUGCUCCACCUACGGUCACAAGUCUGGUCCUCAACCACAUACCAGCAGGCAGCGCCGGCAGAAGGCGAGAGUAAAGACGGCGGAUGUAAAGACGGCAGAUGUAAAGACGGCGGAUGUAAAGACAGCGGAUGUAAAGACAGCGAGACCCGCCGAGCCCAGCUUGUGGGUGCAGCUAGCCAGCAGACGUAGGGGCGCCCUAGACAAGAUGCUCAAGAUGGACGCCGUCAACGCCCAGCUGGAGACUGAGAGCGAAAUCUUCCAGUGUUUGGCCGAGGACGAGAAGCAACUGGUCAUCAAGGCUGCUGCCCGCAAACUUCAGGUGAUGGGGCGGGUAGGGGGGAGGAGAAACAGUGAGCCGAGUCAAGGGCAGAUCACUCGCAUUCACAUUCGUAGACCCACGUCAGCAGACACUCACUCACAAAUCACGGUGAAUUUGACUGAAUUCAGAAGUCAACUUGCAUCACUUCGUGAAAAUCAACUUCGAAAAUCUACAUCUAGAACUAGAUCUAACGUGAAACCAAAUGGAGGCUCUAACUCCGCAUCACUCACACGUGUUCAAUCGCAACAUUCCAACAAAGCUACACACCUGACGACACAGUCCGACACAGUAACACACCUGACGACACAGUCCGACACAGUAACACACCACGAAUCUACGGCUGUGUGGAACCAAGAUUUCCAAGAUUUUAAUUUUGAUUCAAAAAAAGAAUUUACUUCCAAGGUCCGAAACAAUAUUCACAAGAGAACUCUAGCGCUUACUCGAGUCACCGGCCAUGGCGACUACAACAGACUGCGAGCCUUCGCCCACGCGAGAGAUGAGGACCCUCACGCAAUCAAACAAGACUACACACGGGUCGUCCGGUUUCCCUACCGGAUGAGGAUUUCCCCACAGCUGAGUGACGUCAUUAAAGUCGACAUUAUGACGCGGAUGGGGAGACCGAGGUAUCACGAGAUUCGCAUCCGUGACCUUGAACUGUGGAACCAAGGCCAUCUCCUUGACCGUUCCCAUAGAAACCUGAAAGUCUUCAAUUGGUUACAGAGUCUCCAGGAGGGUGAGUUGGACCUGAGUGGAACACAGACGACCAUUGAUGACUCACCACACGACGUCAGCUUGCUCAGUGUAAACGUGGAGUCAGUGGAUGAGCCAAGAUCAACAUCAUUAGCGCCAAGGUCAACAUCACUAGCGCCAAGGUCAACAUCAGCUAGCGCCUAGGUCAUCAUCAGCUAGACCACUGGACAAGGUCCACAUCUAGACCACUGGACAAGGUCCACAUCAGCUAGACCACUGGACAAGGUCCACAUCAGCUAGAUCACUGGACAAGGUCCA